UAAAUUUUCGUAUUUGAAAUUCAUAAUUCAUUUUCUUAAAAAAAAUCUAAACUGGACCGCAGAAGUUCGCUAGAAACCUAGAUGACAUAUUCAUCUGUAUUAUAGUUUUCAACUCCAAGUUAAUAUUUUUAGUCAUUCUUUACAGCUUUCCAAUUUCAAGAAGUUCUAGUAUACAAGAGAAGAAAAACCUGGUAAAUUCCAAAAAUGCAGUCAUACAUACGUUUUGGAUGUUUAGUACAAAUUGUCUUGUCAGCAGAGCAAAAGAACCUUAAUUCGAUCAAACUCACCAAUGUGGAAUGCUUUUUUAGCGAUAAAUGGUUCAAGGAUACCGAAUGUUUUUUAAAACCUCUCCAAAAUAGAUCCAUACUAAUUCAAGGGAAAUCUUUUGCUAUGAAGCCCAUCAAGACUAUGAAGGUUCAUAUUGAAAUUUUUCGAUGGCAUAGUGGGUUUCGUCCGUAUCUUAAUGACCUCUGGAGCGACUUUUGUGACCUAAUAUCACAUCCUAAGAAAAUCAACGCCAUGAUGAGGCCCUUUUAUAAGUUGAUUACAAAGUAUUCAACCCUGAGGAAGCCCUGCCCUAUCGAAGGGUUAAUUGAGUUUCCACCAAAUGUUCCUGAUUUAUCAGUUUUCCCAUCGAUGCUCGUCACUGGGACUUAUCGUUUCGUUUUAACUGCCAUGGAGGAAGACCUUGACCAGUGGCUUUUUACAUUCAGAGUUAAAGCCGAGAUUGCAAGCGAUGUGCGGGAAUAGCACGCAAAAUACCCGGUUAA